CGAGACCGGCAGUACUUCGAACUGUGCGGGAAGAUGGAGAACCUGCUGCGCUGUAGCCGCUGCCGCAGCUCCUUCUACUGCAGCAAGGAGCAUCAGCGCCAGGACUGGAAGAAGCACAAGCUCGUGUGCCAGGUCGGCGAGAAGGUUUCUGCCCCCGGCACGGGCCAACCUUUAAGCCGGGCCGCGCGCCCGCCGGGCGAGGGGCUGAGCCACGGCGGCCUGCGGCCCAAGGGGCAGACGAAGCCGAUGCCGGCACUGAAGCUGGCGCUGGAGUGCAUCGUGCCCUGCAUGAACAAGCACGGCAUCUGCGUGGUGGACGGCUUCCUGGGCAAGGAGACCGGCCAGCAGAUAGGCGACAAGGUGCGCGCCCUGCACGACACGGGCAAGUUCACGGACGGGCAGCUGGUCAGCCAGAAGAGCGACUCGUCCAAGGACAUCCGAGGUGAUAAGAUCACCUGGAUCGAGGGCGAGGAGCCUUGCUGUGAAACCAUCGGGCUGCUCAUGAACAACAUGGACGACCUGAUCCGCCACUGUAACGGGAAGCUGGGCAACUACAAAAUCAAUGGCCGGACGAAAGCCAUG